AUGGUUGAAGCGGACACAAACUCUCCAACAUGGAAAUUCACACACAUAGCGGAUAUCAUUUCAACCGUCGAAUUCGAUCACACCGGCAACUACCUGGCUACAGGAGACAAGGGCGGCCGAGUAGUGCUCUUCGAGCGCAAUGAGACUAAAAAAACAUGCGAAUAUAAAUUUCAUACCGAAUUCCAAUCGCACGAGCCAGAGUUCGAUUACCUGAAGUCGCUAGAGAUUGAGGAAAAGAUCAACAAGAUAAAGUGGUGUCGCCGCCAGAAUGCUUCACACUACCUGCUCUCCACCAACGACAAGACGAUUAAGCUCUGGAAGGUUUUCGAAAAGUCACUCAAGGUUGUGGCGGAGAACAACCUGUCGCACGACCUAACGCCGGCCAAUAUCGCGGGAGGCGGAGGAGCUCCCCGGCCGCCACCAGUCUCGACGUUCAGGAAUGCCGCCGACCUGAAGCUACCGCGCCUCACACAUCACGACACAGUUGUCGCCGCCGUACCGCGCCGAACGUAUGCCAACGCACAUGCCUAUCACAUCAACAGCAUAUCCGUCAACAGUGAUGGCGAGACCUUCAUCAGCAGCGACGACCUUCGCAUAAACCUCUGGAACUUGAACAUCCAGGAGCAGAGCUUCAACAUCGUCGACAUCAAGCCUGCCAACAUGGAGGAGCUAACCGAGGUAAUCACAGCAGCAGAGUUCCACCCCGCGAGCUGCAAUGUAUUCAUGUAUGCUAGCUCCAAGGGAACCAUCAAGCUGGCUGAUAUGCGGGAGAGCGCUUUGUGCGACCAACACGCGAAGAUGUUUGAGCAAGAGGAGGAUCCGUCAUCGAGGUCCUUCUUCUCCGAGAUUAUCUCGUCGAUAUCCGAUGUGCGAUUUUCAUAUGACGGUCGCUAUGUUCUCUCGAGGGACUACCUGACCGUCAAGAUUUGGGACGUCAACAUGGAAAAGCAGCCGGUCAAGACGAUUCCGAUUCACGAACACCUCCGGCCUAGGUUGUGCGACACUUAUGAGAACGAUAGCAUCUUUGACAAGUUCGAGGUCGUUUUCUCGGGCGACGCGAAGAACGUGAUGACUGGCAGCUACAACAACAACUUCAUGAUUUACCCGUCUGACCCCGAGAAGGAGACAGAGGUAGUGCUUCAGGCGGACAAGUCUGCGUUCAAGGCAAAGAAGGUUGGCGUUCCAACGCCGAUCAACUCGUCAACGAGCCCAACGGCGAACGGGGGCAAGAAGGGUGGGUCACGCGCCGGAAGCCCUGCCGCGGGUGGCCAAGGGCAGAGGAUGAGGAAAGAGACGGACGCGGACCAGAUUGACUUUAACAAGAAGAUCCUACACAUGAGCUGGCAUCCCUUCGAGGACAGCAUUGCGAUUGCAGCUACUAACAAUCUCUUCGUCUUUUCGGCUCUGUAG